AUGGCCGAGAAGAUGUACUAUUGGGGCGAGGAGAAGGAUCACGUGGACCCGGACCAAGCCUUCAUAGAGUUCAAGGCCAAAUCAGCCGGAAUGGACAAGAAACGGAAGUCCUCGCGACCGGUGCCCAAGAUGACCGUCUCGUCCCCGCAGGGUAAAGUGUCGGAGGUCGGAAGUCGAGUGGAGGACACGGAACGCGGUGGCUGGGACAACAAGCUCGACUUCCUCUUCUCUUGCAUCAGCGUGUCCGUGGGCUUGGGCAACGUCUGGCGUUUCCCGUAUUUGUGUUACAAAAACGGUGGCGGUGUGUUUCUGAUAACCUAUGGCAUCGCUAUGGUGUUCUGUGGGAUUCCCAUAUUCUUUCAAGAAGUGGCCAUUGGCCAAUACCUUGGCGCUGGAGGGAUGACCCUGGUGGGACAAUUGUGUCCUUUGUUACAAGGGGUUGGAUACGCUACUAUGACGAUCGUAUUCUUCCUAGACAUCUACUAUUGCAUCAUUAUUGCAUGGACACUCUUCUACUUAAUUAGUACCUUCGUCAAGUUACCUGGAGUUCCUUGGAACGGUUGUGGCAAUUGGUGGAACACUGAUUAUUGCUACGACGCUUCAGAAAAGUUCAAGAAUAUCUCUCACGUUAAUGGUACGAAUAAUGCAAACGUACCGAGUAGUAAUACUACCCUUCAUUACACCACGCCUGUUGAAGAAUAUUGGGAACGACGAGUUCUUGGGAUCACCUCCGGUAUCGAAACCAUCGGUGGGAUCCAAUGGGAGCUGUUGGGUUGCCUGAUUCUCGGCUGGCUGCUCGUUUACUUUAUCAUCCGGCGUGGUCUUCAUCAGAGCGGUAAGAUCAUCUGGUUUUCAGCCUUGUUCCCCUACGUGGUGCUUUUCAUUCUUUUGGGAAGAGCGGUGACGUUGGACGGCGCCUCCGACGGUUUGCUAUACUACGUCACACCGAGGUGGAAGGAGUUGCUAUCGCCUGGACCAUGGAUCGACGGAGCCACGCAAAUUUUCUUCGCGUACAGUAUCGGUACCGGGGCUCUGCCUGCCUUGGGAUCGUACAACAAGUUCCACCAUAACUGCUACAAAGACGCACUAAUCACUUGUAUAGUCAACACCCUAACUUGCCUAUUGGCUGGUUGCGUGACGUUCUCCAUACUGGGUCACAUCGCUUCGGAGCAAGGUAACGAUGUGUCCGAAGUUGUCAAGAGCGGACCUGGUCUCGUGUUUCUCACUUAUCCCGAGGUCGUCCUGAAGCUUCCUGGUGCCCCGGUGUGGUCCAUAAUCUUCUUCGUCAUGCUGCUCAUCCUCGGAAUCGACAGUGAGUUCUGUAUCGUGGAGUCCUUCAUCACAGGAGUGGUCGACAAUUGGCCAGAACUUCUACGUCCCCACAGAAACAAGUUCACUAUCGCCAUUUGUCUUCUUAUGUUCGUUCUGGGACUUCCAAUGGUGACCAACGGAGGAGUGUAUAUAUUCCAGUUAAUGGAUUUCUAUUCAGCGAGCGGAAUGUCGAUCCUGUGGGUCUGUUUCUUCCAAACAAUCGCGAUAUCGUGGAUAUUCGGGGCGCAAAAGUUCUGCGACUGCAUCCAUCAAAUGAUGGGCAUACGAUUGAAUAAAUUCUGGUACAUAUGCUGGGUGGUAUUCGCGCCAAUGAUCAUGGCCUCCAUAUUCGUGUUCCAAUGCGUUCAGUAUAAGCCUUUAAAAUAUGGAAACGACUACGAGUACCCGACAUGGGCGGAGAUCGUGGGUGUCUGUCUCAGUUUGUCAUCUAUGAUUUGGAUACCAGGCUACGUUAUCUAUUAUCUGAUCGUGACUCCAGGAUCCGUUAAAGAGAAUAUCCUGAAAGGUCUGAAACCGAAUAUAAAGUCGCACGCGAAACUACCGAAGGGCGAGAAGUCAGCCGUGAUACCGAUGUCGGAAAGCAGUGCCGGCUUGAUCACCAAAAACAACAGUUUCCUGAGUCAAACAUGAUCUUUGUAAACGACUGUUUCUUUCUUUUUAUUUUUUUAUUUUUAACUAGGUUGUAAUUAUCGUAAGUGUAGUAUUUUUAACGGGAUUUAAGACGCGAGGCUGGUUCGUAGCGAAACGUGAUCGUUUUAUCAUCGACCAAAGAAACUGCUGUACCAUAUAUCGUUGAUGCAUAUAUUGCUCCUCUCAAUUUUAAGAGAACAAAAUGGAAAAAUAGGAAAGAGAUGUCUGUAUUAAAGCAGAAUACGCUCUUUGAGAUUCUCAGAAAAUAUUUUUAAUUAUUCUAACUAAAAUUAGUUACUAAAUGCAUAGGAGAAAGUUGCUGAAUUUGAAUCACUCAACUCAUUCUCAAUCGUACGUGACAAAUUUAAUAUUUUUAAUGAAUAACAAAUAACGAAGGAAAUUAAAUUGGUCAUAAUAUAUUCUAAUUUACACAAUAUUGAACGAAAUUGAAACGACAGCUUUCUAGUAAAACUUUCAUUGUUUGACGUUUUUAACUGAAAAUAAUGCAACUUUUUCCUACUCCGGGUAAGCAAAACCGUAUAAAUUAGUUUUACGAGAAAAGUAAAAGAAACUUUCGACUCCUCGAAAACGUUCCCAAUUAUUUUCACCAAUUGUACAGUUUAACUUUAAGUCGUAAACGAGUCCCGUGCUUCUUCGACAUUAAUGUUUCGAACAUCUGCAGACAUCUGGCGCGAGUCUUAACCGAUCUCGCGAGAAUGUUAACGACUUGAUGCCUGUUGACUUUAGAGGAAAUAGCUCGUUCGGUGUAAAUUUAAAUAUGGAACGUAAUAUUACGACUCUAUAGGAUUACGACUUUUAACUCUUUGCGGCGCAAGAACAAUAAUUGUCAGACUUUUUAUGUGCAAGAACGUUCGACAAGAAUGAGAACGAUGAACACGUUUAUGUAUAUUUAUUCGUGGAAAAUGUGUGGUAAAAAUUGUCGAUGCAAGUGGUCAUCGAACUGCAAAGAGUUAAUGAAACAAGACGGUCUAAUUGGACGAGCACGGACGCGGUUUCUGGCCGAAUUUUUACGCAGCAUUUCUGUUUCGUAACGCGACAAGCCAUCGAUGUUAGUGUCAAGUCGUUAUUAUUGUCUGAAAUAAGUGGCAAGCUUAUACGA